GAUAAGGUACAUGAGGUACAUAAGGUACUCGAUGCUAUAUAAAAUCAGUAAACAGCUUGGACAGCCAGUAAUCAGCCAGUCGUCAUGACGUUCAGUCUAGUCCAGUUCAUCGUUCUCAUCAACAGUGUUGUCUUCGUCGUUGGAAUCGACGUCAGAGUCCUGGGCGAUGCUGAUUUCCGAUUCAGCUCAGAAGACGCUGUCAGCGUGAAGGAUCUGGCGAAGCAGCUUGAUGACAACAGAGCUAUGCGGUUCAUUGGAGAUUUGACGAUUGGGGAACGUCAGCCCUCUGAGACUGUAUUCAGCCGGACUAUAGAGGUCUCCAAUCCAACCCCAGAGGUUUAUCGAACUUCCAUCAGUGUUAGCGUUGACAAUGAAAUAGGGAACUCGGACGUGUUUCACAGCUGGUGGUGGGUCUUUCAGACCUCUUUCAUUCUCAGUGACACGAGAAACGGUAAAUUCUGUUUCUCGUGACUGACUCCAGGAGGUACAGCGAAGUGAUGAAGGGCCUGAUGUAUUUUCAUGUAAACUGAUGAAGCAAUUUUGGUGAUGAAAUAAAUUGGGGGAAUUGUUUAGCCGAGACAGCCCUAGGGGAGACGGAUAAAGUGUAAAUCAAAGAUUGCGUUUAGAUAUCUGGGGAUUUGGAUUUUAUCCAUUGGGUGGAAGGAGCCAUUGAUUGCAAUCUGUUUGAUUGAUCUUCAGAUAAAAAAAAAAAAACAAGUGGAUAAUCGUGCUUUUGGCACAUGCGUGCGAUCGUCCAGCUGACAUUAUUGAUAGAAAUUUUAUUUUCCAUUUUUGCUAGUCACCAAACGUCCUGAUUUAUCAUAAAAAUAUUUGUGGAAUAGUCCCACCCCCCCUCCUCCCCCCAUGACCUUCGGCCAUUCAAUUACCCCAAUAAUCAAAGAAUCUGAACCCCGCGACAUCUCCACCUCUGCAAUCAUCAACAUCCAAUUAACUCUCGAAAAUUAACUAUCGAUUCCCCACCUGCAUACCUCCAAUUCCUCCAUUCAUCUGAACAAUACCA